AUGGCGACCGUAUGCGAGUUGGUUCAAUUGGCAGGUAAUAAAAAGAUUAUUAAUUUUAUCGUAGAGAAUCGAAAUGUAAAAACGUAAUGAAGAAAGGAAAAAGUGAAAAAAAUUACUUGAACAUUUUUUUGGCGAUUUGGUGCACGCACUGACGCAAAAAAUGCAUACGCCGAAGUUUCAAAAAUUUCAUAUUCAACUUUUUUAUUUUAAAAUAAAAAGUUGAUUUUUGUUAAGAAAAUUUUUGACAGAUUUUUUCGAAGACAGUUUUGCAUCCACAUGUAUUUUUUGAAGAUGGAACAAAAGUUGGCAAUUGGGAAAUCCUGAAAAAACUUGGCGAAGGCGCUUUCGGAGCCGUUUAUCUCGUCAAGGGCAAAGAAUCCAACUACGCGCUCAAAGUCAGUAAUUUAUUUCCCGAUGAUAUCUCCACGUCAAAUUUCUAAUUAGGGAUUGUGAAAAAUGAAGCAAUUUCCAGGUCGAGGCGGAGAACGACCCGCUGGGACUUCUCAAGAUGGAAGUCUUUGUUUUAUUGGAACUUAAGAAGACCAAAUUUGAAGGUUUUUGAGGUAAAAUAGGGAAAAAAAUGAACUUUUUUUGAUUUCAGCACGACAUUUUGUCGAAUUGAUGGACAGAGGAAACGUCACCGGGAAGUUCAACUACAUGGUGAUGACGUUGGUUGGAUCGAGUCUUCAGGUGCUGCGGAAAAGAAUUUUUACCGAGAAAUGUAAAAAAAAAUAAUCUCGAGCAAAGUCAGGAUGAUUUAUAACGGCUCCUAAAACAGAGAGGCUCAAAAAAAGCCGCAGAAAGAUAGCAAAAGAAGGUCCCUUUAUCGAGCCUUCCAUUUUUUUGAGAUUUUAAAAUAAGAGGCAGCAAAAAUGGUGCAUAACAGCCGGAGAAAUGGCGCAAAAACGUAGUAAAAAAAAGGAGCCUUUUUCUCCCUGAAAGUAACAUUUUUAUGGAGCCUUUUCCACUCUUUCCUACUUUCAGAAAAAAAAGUGAUUUUAAGAUGUUUCAAGAUAAUUUCCAAGCUCUAAAAUUCCUUCAUAUCGAGAAAACACAGUUCAAAUGUACCAGUUUUCCAAAAAUUCUCAUUGAGUUUUUUAAAGGAGCAUGGCUCAAUUUUGUUAAGUGUGUCGAGGAGAAGAGGCAUUUGAGACUUUGCAGUGCUUGUUCUAUCUUUCAAAAUAUCGAUCGACGAUAAUUUAUCUAUAGAGCGGAUGUUCAAAAGCGCCGAAAACUUGCAAUACCAAAAAUAGAACUCCACUUUGAGACCAUUUUGAAAAAUCAUUCAUGCUCCUUUAAAAAGUUUUUUGAGCAUAUUUCACCGUUUCAACGUCAUAUUUCUACCUUUUCCCUUGUACCAAAGCUGUUUUCCAAUCAAAAUACUUGCUCUGUUUUUCCAGGACUUGAGAGCCAAAUCGCCGAUGAAAAAGUUCGCCAUGGGAACGGCGAUUUCGGUGGGGCGACAAUGCCUUGAAGCUCUCGAAGAUUUGCACAAUAUCGGCAUUUUGCACCGGUUUAUAAUGACAAUUUUAAAAUUAAAUUAAAGAUUUUUUUAGUGAUAUCAAGCCUGGAAACUAUACGGUCGGACGGAAAGAAUUAAAUGAAUUGAGAAAAGUUGGUUUCUUGUUCAAAAAAAGUAUUUUUAAAUGUCGUUUUACUGUUUCAACAUCAGUUUUUGAUUCUCACUUGUUUAAUAUAAAAUUCCUGGAUCGAUCAUGAAUUUUAAAUAAUUUACAUUUUGAAUCAUUUGAUUAUUUUAAUUUUUCCUUGUACGGAAAUUUGAAUUUAACAGAUCUACAUGUUGGAUUUCGGUAUGGCGAGGAAGUUUGCACGUGAGGACGGCACUUUGAGAAAUCCGAGGUUUUUUUUCUUCCUAUAGGAUUGAAAAGAUAAGGAAAUUUGAAGUGAUCACUUAAGAAAAUGGUUUUUCAGAUCCUCAAGGGACCACUUUAAACGGACCACUCUUUUUGAGUCUGAAUUGAGAAUCACUUGAGCGGUCCCUUGGAUGGAAUCCGAACUUUUUCUCUAGCUUUUUCAAAAUAAAUUCACUUAAGAGAUCACUAGGACUCAUUACUGACCUCUUGGAAGGCUAAUUUUGAGUUCUAAGUGGUCACUUAAGGAUUGAUUGGACUUUUUUCCCUGUGACAUUGUAAAAUCACUCUUUUUUCCAGUAACAUUGAUUAAGUUGCAACGAAAAAACCCUCAAGUUUUCACUUGAAUAUUUUGAAGGAGUCACUGAAGAGUUUUUUUUUCUGUUCUUAAUGGUCAUUUUGAACACUGAAGAGCUUCUUUUCAAGAGAAAAAAGUUUUCUUGAAGCAAUCAUAAGUCAAUUUUCGAUCCACUUUCAGUACUAAUCUUCAGAUUUUAGGGCUCGCGCUGGAUUUCGAGGCACCGUAAAAUACGCCCCACUGGCUUGUCACAUUCAACGUGAACAGUGCCGGUGAGCCUCUUUUUUGAAUUUUUUCGAAAAAGUUUGAUUCGAAGCUUGUAGAAAACGUAUCUUGAUAAAUGAAAAGGUCUGAUAUCGCAUUUUUUUUAAGAGCAAGUGUAUGUGAAUCUGAGUGAAAAAAAAAACUAGCAUCAAUGGGUCAUAAGACGAAUCUAUUUCUCCUUUUUAAAAAACGCGAUUUUUCUGUUUUUUUUUUGUUUUAAAACAAAUGCCGUGUUGAAAGUAUUUUCGCGAAGCCACCAGAAAUUUAAAAUUAUAACUGAAUUUCAGAAAUUAAAAUCUGAUUAAAAAUUUCGCGAAAUUUACUUCGAACGUAGCAUGUGCGAGAGCGCCGCGGUGCAUGCACACGACACAUUACACUUUACGCAAAAAAGUAUGGGCGGGGCGUCGCCAAAAAAACGCCGUGAGCAAACUUCUUUUUUCAACUUGAUAAAUGAAAAUCUAGUGAAAGUGUAUUAUUUAGCUUGAGAAGUGAAAAAAUAUUUUUUAUUUUUCUUUCUUUCAAGUAUUUUUUUUUUCAGGAAAGACGACAUUGAAAGUUGGCUUUACAUGGUGGUGGAGCUGACGUGUGGACGGCUUCCAUGGCGAAACUUGCCUGUUGGUAAAAAAACAUCUCAAAAAAAUAAUUGAAAAAAAGAAACAUUAUAAUGAUGCUGUUCGUUAGUGAGUCCGAAUGAUUUUGAGGUUUUUUUGAAAAAUUGUGAAGGUAAAUUUUUCAAAUUUAAUAAUCAAACCAGAGCUCAAUUGAAAGCUGUUUAUUAAAUUUUAUACAAAAAUUUUUUUAUUUUUUUCCAGUUUUUUUAACUUUUUAACAUCAGUUUCCAACUUUUUCGCUUUGAGAAUAGAAGUUUUAAAAAAAUGAUUCAAGCAGAUUAUUAUAAUAAAAAAAGUUUAUAAACUGAAUUGUCCCGCGAAAACUGAACCUUUUUGAGGAAACUGACGACGUCGGAAUGUUCAAAAAAGACUGCAAGACCAACCGAACGAGGUGUCUUUUUGGCGGUUGCCCGCGGGAGUAUGCUGAAGUUUUCCCGAUCCUGGAUAAGGUUUUGAGCUUCUCCAACUUCAAGAUCGAAACCAGCGGAUUUUCAGGGGAAGUUCUUCGACGCGCCCGACUACCCAGCGAUUUACGCCCUCUUGGAACAGGCCAUGCUCCAUACAAAGAGCAACGAAUAUCCGUACGAUUGGGAAUGA